AUGUCUGACAGUCCACUGUCAAUUGCUGCUAGUAUCACUGGUUUGCUCACAUUCGUUGCAGCCGUAGUUGCUGGUUUCUAUGCACAUGCGCUUGGUCUUCGCGAUGCCAUUGAUACACAAGCCGAGAUAUCUAGUGCAUUGGAUAAAAUAUAUCUUCUCGAAACAGAGACUGAUAUGUUGAACAAUGCAUAUCUAGCUUCGCUCAUUCGUCAACCUGAUCGAAAAUAUGGGACGGGCGAUUUCAAGUAUUUCCAAGGACUUUAUGUACGCUCUUUAGAACGAAUGCGAGUGAUGGAUAGAGAAUUGAGAAUGAGCGCCGAAUUGGUAACCAAAGGGGAUGGAUAUGGUAGGAUUUCUAGAGUGAAAAGAAAGGCUGCUUGGAUGGCCUCGAGAGCACGUAUUCAGAGAGACAUCGAUGAGAGGAAAACCGAGAGCAUAAGAAUCUUUCAAAUACAGCUUGCCAUGUUAUCAGCUGGCAUCAUGAAAAUACCUCCGACACCCCCGUCCCCUACACUUUCGACUGUCACGCCGGACCGGGAAAAGAUAAAUAGUCAUGCACAAAUAUUAGCCACGCCAAGUCAAUACUACACGCCUUCAAAAACGUCGGACUUAGCUCCACUUAUGUCGCUUCCAUUGAGAUACACCAUUCUUAUCAACAAGGCGAAGGACGAUAUUGCCAGCGUCGACAAUAUCAAAAAUGGUAGUAAACUCGGAAAACGUAGGAGUUCAAUCCUAAGGAGGAGGUCUUUAUCGCCAAUGAGAACAUCAUCGCAAUAUGCUGUUGAUACUUGCAAGGAUGUCGUCAUUGGAUCCACAUUGGAAAUACCUGGGACCAAGACGUCCACAGCACCACCAAAAGGGGCAAGCCUCCCAAACAAAAGAAAGUCUUGGUAUAGCAAAUCAAGCAAGAAGUCCGAAGAACGCAGACCCAGCUCUACAAAUCAGGACAGCCCCCGAGAUCAAACUGGAGCCCUCAAAGAUCUAAAGGUUACCACCCGACAAUCAACGAAACCUACACGGAAAGAAAUACCUAAGACCUCUUCAGAAAACCCAAUCACAAUCAUCGUCACAUCACCGACAUCAGAUUGCGAUGGUCAAGAACAGGACUGGAGUUCUACCUCCAACCGUGCAUCAUCACUCUCAUUAUCAUCACUAUCCAGCACCUCCAGUCUUGACACCACCCGUCUCAUGCCCCCCUCAACAUCCACAUCUACCCCUACUACUCAAAGAUGCAAGAAAUCCAACGAGGCACCUGAAGUGAAAAAAUGGCUUAUCGGAUGCAUGAACCGCAAAGCCGAUACCCUCCCUCGAAAACUCAUUUAUCGCAUGAUGGAUAUAUAUAAUAUCAAAGAAAACGAGCUUGAUCCGAAAAUGCUAGAGAAGCUUAGGGAAGGCAUUGAAGAUGAGGGGGUAGUAUUUCAAGUCGACGUGGAAAAUGAAUCUGAUAGUAAUAAAAAGGAGGAGUUCAAUGGAGUGGAAGCUUUACAAUCAUUACGGACUUCUUUUCGUUCUCAGGUUCAGGGUGAGGGAAAGGGAAAGAAAGCGGGGAAGGAUAUCUCGGGACAUCUCAAUAAUACGAUCACGACUAAACAAAGUUCCAAAAGCAGCAGCAGCAUUAAUAACAACAAUACCACCAACCACAUAAAACCAACCCAACCCAAGGUAGUCCCAGGCACAAACCCAAGAGUCUGGCAAAACCCCUCAUCGCGCUCUAGAAAUUGGCCCACGACCAAUAUCAACACAUCACACGGUGUUUCAUUUCCCUUCCCGCCAUAUACACAUACAAAUACACAUCCAUCCACGCUGGCAAAACAACGCGCUCUCUCCUCGAAAAAUAACUCCCAUCUACAUAGCGUGAAUGGUUAUUCGAAAAGAGGAAAGAGGGGCUCCUCGACGAUUUCUCUAAGUAGUAUUCCGGAACAUGGUGUUAGUGUGGGGUUUGAUGUUUAUGGGUUUGAUGUGAAGGGGAAGGGGAGGGGGAAUUGGAAUGGGAAUGGGUAUGGGAGUGGGAGUGGGAGUGGGAAUGGUAGAUGGGAACAGAGGUCGGGGAGGUCGAGGAGGGCUUCUUCGGAUUUGGGGGGUUCGGGUUCGGGUUCUGGUGCGGGUGGAAGGGGAGAGGUAGGGAGGAGUGCGAGGAGAUGA